GCUCUGUUAUGCGAAAAUUUAAGAUAAUAUUUUAAUGCAUAUUCAUAGUUGUUCAGUAAUUUGGCCAACCAACUUAACAUGUUUUCACUGAAGAAAAUCAACGACAAACUUUGUGAACACCAAUUAGAUUCAAGCGAUUGUGACAUUAUAUCAAUUGAAAAUGAGUUAGACAGUAAGAUAUCUCCCAAGCGUAAUGUGGCUGAUUCAAAUUGGUAUCGUGAAUCGCGAAAGAACGCAAAACAUCCUUUAAUUAGCCAGUAUAUACCACUGAGUAUGAAUUCGAAUAAUGCAGUUUCAAAUGAAAAGAGUGAUAAGAACGCCAACCGAUUUAUUUGUAAAGAGAAGGUAAAAUUAGCUGAAAAGUUGAAAGUAGUAACUACAAUGAAUCAAAAAGUAGUAAGCUCUGAAAUAGUUAACAAUAGGGAGGUAAGAGCACAACCUACAGAAGAAGAAACCUGGUGUGGAGCAAGACGAAUGAACGAUGCAUCUCAAAGUCCAUCAAAUACUUGUCAAAAUCGAACUCAUGAAAAGGAAUAUAAAGGGAGUGGAAAAGAUAAACAAGAUUAUUCCCUCAAAAAUAAACAUUCUGAGUCAAUAAAACUAGAUGAACAACAAAUAAAAGCAGCUUUAUAUGAAUUGCAAAGACCAUCAUACCUACUAAUCCCACUAUAUCCUAUUCGAAUCACAUUACGCCACAAACAGAAACGGAGACCAUUACAGAACAUAGAAAGGAUAUGUGUAAAAAAUACUUUAGGAAAUCCACAUUUAUCCACAUUAUUAAGCGCUUACAUCAUGUUGAUAAGUGUAUAUGGUUUAGCAUUCUCUGGAAAUUUUCAAUGUAUCACAUUAUUAACAUUUCCAUAUAUAAUUGCUACACGUCUACGUUGGGCAAUUUUAAUCUAUGCAACUGGUAUGUCAUUCAAUGGACCUGGUUUAAAUUUUCUACAUAAUUCAGCACAAGUGAAUACAAAUAUGAUGGUAUUGAAAAAGUUAACUCAAUCACCAUUCAUUGUAUUGAAAGAUCAAUUAGAAAAUAUGAUUGAUGGUAUUAACAAUAUUCUAAAUACCUUAAGAAACUUAUUAUUUAAAAUUAAUUUCUCCAUUAUACAAUUAACUAAUGUAAUGGAAAGUCAAGCUAGUUGGAUAAAUUCAUUAAUUAUAGCAUGUGAAGAUAAAGUUUCUUUAAUGAAUCAAUGUUUAGCUUUUUUUAAUAAUAUUUACUUUAGUUGUGUGAAUAGUUUUAAAAUUUUAAGUAGUCUAUGUCGUUUUAUCAGAUUUUUUGCUAAAGAUACUUGUGUUUCAUCAGAAAAAUUUACAGAUUUAUGCCGAAAACAAAGUGCCGUACUUGAAGAGACACUGAAUAUUACAACAACAACAGAAUUAACUAAACAACUUCAUGAAAUAAUCCAUUUGAUUGGGAGCAAAAAUUUAACACUUUAUGGUAAUUUAAGUAAUAUAGAAGUUAUUUUCAAUGAUGAUCAUUAUAUAUCAAAUAAACUUCAACAAAGAAUGGAUCAUUUUGUACAAGCUAUUGAUGUUGUGAAAUUGAUUUUAGCUUGGAUUUUAGUAGUAUGGACAUUAUUCACCAUGUUGAUAUUAGUUAUACAAGCAAUUAUAUUUAAAAAGUGUUGGCUAUCAAAGGACUCAUAUGAUAAUGUAUAUAUAACUGAUGAAUUUAUUAAACAAGAAAUACAAGCCUUCAAACGAGGUUUGGUUCCCACAGUUCCAUUAAUCCGUAAAGAAAAGAAAUUAUACAAGAAGUUAUCAAGUUUCAGCUGGACUAUAUCAGAAAAACAAUCUGCAGUUUUUAAUUCUUUAAUGCUUUUAACAUGGAGUACUUCAAUUAUUCUAGUUAUGAUAACUGAUUAUGUAAUGUAUACAAUUUUUAAUAUUAUGUCAGUUUUAUUUUUAUAUGAUUAUUCUGAUUUUGGAAAUAUUACAGGAAAAGAUGAUGAACAAAUAAAUGAAGAUGAAACAAAUGAAUUAUAUAUUGAUGGUGAUUCAACAUUUGCAAAUAUUGUACAAUCAUUGAUUAGUUUAAUGAAUCCAUUGAAAAAUAUUGAAUUAAACAUAGAUGUAACACUUUGUCGACCAACAUUAACUCCACCAGAUUUAUAUAAAUAUGCUUUUAUUUGCUUAUUACUAAGUUUAGCAUAUUUUAGUGUUGUUUUUCAAGUGUAUAUUAUGCGUUUGCGACAUGUCAUCAUGAUAUGGUACUAUCCAAAGACAGCAGCUAGACGUGCAGCCUGGCUUCGUAUACAUAUAAGAAAUAACCGUGGCUUAUAUAAUCGUAUUAUACACAAAAUUAAAACAAUAGAUAUCGCUUCAAAUCACCGAUCACAAAAUUUGUCACGAUUUGGAAGAUAUUUAUGCCGUAAUCCACGUGUAGCAUAUUUUCUUAAGUUAUUCGGAGUUCAACGCAUUAUUUGUACAUUUUGUGGUAGUGAUGGGAAUCCAUCAAAAAAAGUUGAAUUUAAACAGAAUUUCACACGUUGUGAAGAAUGUGAUGCUUAUUUUUGUCGUGCAUGUCAAAUAGCCUUGAAUCAUAUAUGCUUAUUAUGUCGUACACCAAUGUUUUCUAUGUCUGUUGAAGUAGAUUUUGAACAUUAUUCAACAGAUGAAGAAAAAGAGUAUAUCAAUGCACGCUAUUUACAAAUAAAUAAGCACAGUUCAGUCAUAUCUUCUGAUAAACUUACCGACAUAUAAUGUUUGUACAAAUGGUCCUAAUAUUCAAAAUUACAGAACUCGAAAAAUUAUUUAUUUCAACAAUAUGACAACAAUCUGUUAUAAUAUGUAUGUUAAAUAUUUAAAAAAAAACCAGCAAACAUGUUAAUAAGAUGUUUUCUAUUAUCAAACAAAGCUAUUCUGUCUUGUAAGAAUAUUAAAAAUUUGAUUCAUCUUUGAGAUACUGUCAUGAUUCCA